AUGGAUUAGAUGUUGUCUAUACAACCGUUUGAUUAAUUGUUUGAUUCAUUAUACGACUUUCAGAGGCAGGUGCCACUUUAACGGGUUGGGUGUGUUUGAGUAAAUCAAAUUUGCCAACCUGCGCGCAGCUCUCUUGGACUCAUGGGUAUCACGCAUAUUUCCUAAAAUUUGCACGAACUCUUUGCGUUACUACAACGCAUCCUUUAAAUGUUCAAAAUGGCGUUUGGCGCAAAACCAAUUUCGACAAGUUUUCCAGAACGUUACAAGCCGUCCUUAAGAGUUAACCUGAGAUAAACAGCAAUUGUUUACUACCACCCCCCUGAAUAUGUUUCUGAGACUAUUGCUCAUAGGCCUUCCUCUUACCAGCUGCUCCAUCCCUGUAGUACCAGCAGAAUCUAUCAUCAUUACUUACUGAAAGUGCACACUCUCAGAUAAAAAGGGCACUAAAUAGUACUUUUCUUUGUCACUGGGGUCCAAUUAUGUACCUUAAAUAAGUUUAAAUGGGUGCACUACAUCAUCAAUGGUCCUAAGCUUGCGUUAAUGUCUGUGUGACAUUUUGCAUAUUCUUUGUGUGUCCCUGUGGGUUUCUUCUGGGUUCUCCAGUUUCCUCCCACCUCCCAAACUAGUUGGAGUGGUUGUUCUAAUUGGUCCUAGGUGUGAAUAAGUUUGCAUGUGCAUGGUGUGCAUGGUGCCUUGCCAUACACUGGUAUUCCAUCCAGAUUAAAUUCUGGCCUCAUGCCUAGUGUUCCUUUGAUUGAAUCCUGACCAGGGUGAAGAAGUUUACUAAAGACGGUUGAAUCAAUGUAUACAGCUCAAGAAUCCCCAUCUACAAAUAGUUUUCAGGACCUUCACAAUCAACUGUCAUGAACGCCACUUCUGGUUGUCUGUCAAGGGCAGCUUUCUGGGGAGCAUGGUGCAAUUUUACAUUGAAGACAACACUGGUAUUCACUUCCUGUCCAGUCAGAGAGCUGCAGAAUGUGGCUACACUGUGGUCUUGAAUCAACAUGCAGACCUUGUGUUCCGUGCCUCGUACCUUGCCUGCUAUGUAGAGAAUAGUGGAGACACUGAAUUUAGUGUCAGCGUACGGUUUGUCAAUAUGCAGACUGAUGGCCGUGUUAAUGCUUACCCUUUCAUGCUUCGUUGCUCUCUGAUUGUACCUUGGAGCCUGAGAGAGAUUGUCUGUGAGGACAAUUACAUGGAGGUUUCCGUUAAAUGGCAGAUCCCGGUUGUUUCCCAUGAAGGAGUGAAAUGGCUUGAUCUGCAGUCUCGGACAUUGGAAGAGAGAGCCAUGCAGCUCAGAACAGGGCAGGUGAUCUUCUAUCGACCAAAUGUCUUUGACAAGACACCCCGACAGAUCGAGGAUGUCAAAGCUAUAGGGUACCACAUCAUUGCCACUGAUACUCGAAUUCUUCUGCGCAGUGCCUACUCUUCACUUCUGUCCUAUACCUUUAAGGAAAAGAAUGUUCAAGUGGAGGCAGUUAGUGCCAUCGUAAUUUUACAGCUUGAAGGGACAUCAUCCAUCCCUGUUGAGAUUUCAAUGGCCUGUGCAAAGACUGAGGGUGUAGUUGAUGGCCUGUACCUUCUCUGGUCAUUGCCUCUGGCCCUUUCACCUCUGGUGCGAGGUUGGUUCAGAAAUGGUGCGAUGAGAUUGGGAGUAGAUGGCAGAGUGCUGAGUGACUGCGAGAUGCACGACAUAGGUUAUAAUAUCUCCCUGAAAGACCAGACAGUAAAUAUUAGGAUUCCAUUUGACAGAGAGGGAGCAAAAAUAAAGAGUCAUGUCCUUAAAGGCCAGUAUGCUCAGUCUGUGUCAGUGGAGUUCUUUUAUAUGUAUUAUUGGGAUGACGCGAUUUGGCCUCAUACUCAACACCGUAGCUUCCUGCUCCUGCGCACACCAUAUGUACCUCGAACACCAAUUGUUUUCAACAAAACAGAUCCCUCCACAGAGAUGUUCUCCAUCACCCUGGGUGUAUUUCCUGCUGAUGUGUCACUUCAAAAUAUUACACUUGGGGAUGACACUAUAACAUGGACAGAGGCACAACAACACAAUAUUCAUUUGAAACAGAUAUUCUUCAGCAAUGGCAGCCAUGCCUAUGAACUUCAGGUCCCCUUCACUCACCCCAUGGUCACUCAGAGGGUACUCAGUGGACAUUACAGGAGGCAGAGCUUGAUCCUGACCUUUGACCUUGUCAUCUUCCCUGAAGAAGAGCCCUUCAGCUAUAGAACUAAUGUAAUGUUUGAUCAAAAAGAACCAGCUCUUCCGGCUGUGCUGGGGGGCAGUUGUACAGAGAAAGGAGUUCUGGUCAUUCUGCACUACGGCUCAGAGGAUGUGCCAUGGGAUCUGUAUGUAGGGGGUCAUAAGCUGGGCUGGGAGCUUGGGCAGCUGGGAGGCUACAGGCUGGAUGGCAGAGAUGACCAUUUUAGCGUAGAGAUCCCUCUCUACAGCCCUGGAAUAACUUAUGAGGACCUGAAUUUGAAAAACAUGAUUGUCAAGGUGGAGGUCAGUGCUGUUAACAUGGUGACACUAAAGGUGGAGCACUCCCUUGUCCAGCGCUGCACAUUUCCUGUUCGAGAUUUUCUGGUUUGCCUGCCAGAAGGAAGGAUAGUGGUGGUUACAGAUACAACUCGCUCCAUCCCUCCCACCAAGCCUAACAGCACCAGUCUCCUGGACACAUCCUGUAAACCAACCGCCACAGACCGCUCCAGAGCUCUGUUCAACUUCAGCUUGGACUCCUGCGGCACCACCAUGACUGUAGAAGGCAACUCUCUGCUCUAUGAGAACGAGAUUCGACACAGCCAGAAAUUUCUUCCUGAAGAAGACCCCCUCAUCCACAUGGACUCACCAUUCAGGCUAACACUACAGUGUCGGUACCCACUUAACGGCACCAGCACACUCAUGCUUCAUCCCACUGCUAGAACAACCAACAAACAUCCUUCGUUACCACGAAAACGGAGACGAGGGCUCAACUGAGCGAAGCCUUUAAUCAGAGAUCAAAGAAUACCAAAAGGCCUGAAAGGUAGCACCACUCAGAGCUAUCUUAUGCAUAUGAUGGCAAAAAUUACUUCCAUAAGUAUUCCACAUUUAAAUGCAAGCAUUGACAUUCUUUUUCUUAAAUGAUUAAACAUAAAAAAUAUUGAAUACUUAUUUCUCAUUGUGUUAACAUGUAGACCAGUGAAAUAAAAGAUGCCUGUGAA